AUGGACACCCUCAAUGGGUCCUUGGACUCUCCCGUCCCUGAUGUCGGGCUGGAUUCCUCUGUCGGCUGGGAUCGAUCCGGACUGCUGAUGUCCUUCUACAACGGCAUGACCCUCUGGACCACCAUCUUCACCAUAUUUCUGCUCCUCGUCACGUACGAUCAAGUGAAAUACAUCUGGCUCAAGGGAUCCAUCGAAGGCCCCAGGUUCAAGAUCCCCUUCAUGGGCCCCUUCCUUCAGUCGGUGAAUCCAAAGUUCCUCGAGUACCAGGCGAAGUGGGCGAGCGGCGAAUUGAGCUGCGUCUCCGUCUUCCACAAGUAUGGUUCUCCCUCUUGCUUUCAUGAAGCUGACAUGCGCACGCCCCGCGUUUGCGCCUGCAGGUUCGUCGUCAUCGCGUCAACCCGCGAUAUGUCCCGCAAGGUUUUCAACUCACCAGCAUAUGUGAAACCGUGCGUUGUCGAUGUCGCUCACAAACUCCUGGGCAAGGACAACUGGGUGUUUCUGGACGGCAAGGAACACGUGGAAUUCCGCAAGGGCUUGAACGGCCUCUUCACUCGGGCUGCCCUGACCAACUACUUGCCCCAGCUGGAAGAUGUCUACGAUCGCUUCUACAACAUGUUCGUCCAGAGAUCCGAGGAGCUCAACAUGAAGCCUGAGCCGUGGAUGCCACAUUUCCGGGAAUUGAUGACCGCCUUGUCCUGUCGCACUUUUGUCGGCCACUACAUGUCGGACGAGGCCGUCAAACACGUCGCGGACGACUACUAUCUGAUCACUGCCGCUCUCGAAUUGGUCAACUUCCCCAUCAUCAUCCCCUUCACCAAGACAUGGUACGGGAAGAGGUCGUCAGAUAUGGUCCUGCGCGAGUUCACCAAGUGCGCUGUCAAGAGUAAAGUUCGCAUGGCCAAAGGCGAGAAGGUCACCUGCAUCAUGGACGCCUGGGUCAAGAAUAUGUUGGACUCGGCCGCUUAUCGCGAGAAGAUCGCCAAGGGCCUGCCCGUGGAGGACUCGGAAAAACCAGCCCACAUCCUGCGCGACUUCACCGAUUAUGAAAUCGCCCAGACCAUCUUCACCUUCCUGUUUGCUUCACAGGACGCCACCAGCAGCGCCUCCACCUGGCUCUUCCAACUCUUGUCCGACAGGCCCGAGAUCCUCGCCAAAGUCCGUGAGGAGAACCUGAGACUCAGAGGCGGUGAUCGCAAUGUCCCCAUCAGCAUGGAGCUCCUUGACCAGAUGGACUAUACCCGUGCUGUCGUCAGAGAAACCCUCCGCUACCGUCCGCCAGUAAUCAUGGUCCCCUACAUGGUCAAGAAGGAUUUCCCCGUCACGGACACUUACACGUUGCCCAAGGGCUCCAUGAUCAUCCCCUCUGUCUGGCCCUCCACGCAUGACCCGGAAGCCUACCCGGAUCCGGAUACUUUCAACCCAGAGAGAUGGCUGAACGGCGAAGCGGAUAAGGCUGCAAAGAACUUCCUGGUCUUCGGCACGGGCCCACACUAUUGUCUGGGCCAGACGUACGCGCAACUAAAUUUGAUGGCUAUGAUUGGCAAGGCUAGUAUGCUUCUCGACUGGGAACAUCAUACCACGCCCACGUCGGAAGAUAUUCGAGUUUUCGCUACGAUUUUCCCUGAAGAUGACUGUCCCCUCGUUUUCCGCCGAAGACCUGAAUAA